AACGGGGAAGCGAGCUUCAUACUCUCACCCUAACAAAGUAAAAGACGAGUUUUCAUUGCGCCAACUCCACACAAAAAAUGAGGAAAACAACAACAAAAAGAAAAAAGAAUGGCAAAGGCAAGGCGGCAUAUUGAAAAAUCAAACGACGUCGAGGCCAGCGAGAAUGACUGGCAAAAUGUUGGCCGGCAUGGAACGGAUGGUUAGCCGGGCCAUCGAAGAAGGCGCCAGUAACGAGACAAGCAAAACGAAACACGAACGAAACUGAACGAAAGCGAAACGAAUGGGAAACGAACUGAAACGAACUGGAAGCGGCGAGUGCUGCUUCUGCUGCUGCUGCUGCUGCUGUCGCUAUCGUUGUAGUUGUUGCUAGCAAAGCCGGCCGCCAGACGACGAAAGCGAAACGCACUAGGAAGAGGGACGAGCCUUUUUCGGGCCCAGCUGUUCGGCGCAGACUGAAAACAGCAGUUUUGCACAAAGCAAAAGCAACAGCAACAGCAACAGCAACAGAAAGAGCAAAAAGCUUCACAGCGAAACGAAGCGAAGCAAAGCAAAGCGACGCGCACGCAGACGCAGCCUGGAAAUUCCAAUAACGGCAAAAUACAAAACAACAACAACACACAAGUGAAGUUUGCUGUGCCUGUCCCUGUGCCUGUGCCUGUGCAGACCAACAAACGGCGACUACUCGUCGCCGUUGCUUCGCUGCUGUCGCUGUCGCGUCGCUGUGGCUGUCGCUGUCGCUGCCGACAAUGCCGACAACGUGGACGCCGCUUCGUAUUGCGAGUUGUUCCGGCCAGAGAAUCAGUCGUCGUCGAGCUUUCAAAACGUUUGCAGCAAACGAAAAAACACGAAAACAAGAAGAAGAAGAAGUAACACACACACACAACAUCGAGGCAGUUGAAGCAGAAGUCGCAAAAUCAUCAUCAGCAGCAGCAGCAGCAGCAGUAAAUCAGCAGCAGCAGCCGCGGCAGCAGCUCCUCAACACCCAGCAAACAAGAAAAAAAAAAAGAAAAAAAUAAGAAAAUCACACAAGCAAAAAAAAAAAAAAGCGAAGAAAUUUGAUGAUAUUCCACAAGCAAAAGCAAACGAAUAAAGCUAAAUGAAAAACAAAAAUCACGAGAUUAAUUAAUAAAAAAAUUAUUGAAAAAGAGAUUAAUAUAAAUAUAUAGACGCAACUCAUCAUCAGCAAAAAGAAAAUAAAACCAAAAAGUACGAUUUUUGCAAAUUCAAAUUACACAAACACAUAAACAUAAAAAGACAAAUAUUAUUAUCGAAAAAAAAAAACAUUGCUACAAGUAAAAAGCUAGUCCAAAUCUACAGAAAAGAAAACAAAAAGAAACCUUUAAAAAUUACAAUUAAUUCAUUGUAUUGAGAAAAUAAAAAAACAAAACAAAAUAAAAAACAACUAAAACCAAACACGCCAAUCGCUGCAAAAUUUAAUCCAAACUAAAAACAAAAUAAAAGUAUUUCCAAAAGAAAAACGCUAAACAAAUAUUACUUUAAUUUUAAACGAAAAGAAAAAAAUAUCUAUCACAGCUUCAAAGUGUGCACAAUAAAUAACAACGUAUAAAAAAAAAAAAACCAAAAGAAUCGCAAAAAUUAAUGUAAUUUCCAAUAUAAAGAAAAACCAAUUACGCAGACAUUGAGAGACAACACAGAAAACAGAAAACGAAAAAUACAAAUAAUUAAUUAAUAAAAAAGAAAAACGAAAAACGAAAAUAAAACACAAAGUGAAGAACUCAUAAAAAAGCGCCAAAGUCACGGCCAGCAAACAAAAAGUACAACAAAAAGUAACUCCAACAACAACAAUAACAAUAACAAUAACAAGCAAAAAGAAAGAAGCGUGUGAAGUGAAGUGGCAAAUUCUGCCACGCCCCUCCCUCCUUCGUCAGCCGCCCGCCCAACAGUUAAGACUGAGCUUCGGACGUUUUUACCGCAACAUUUCCAAGAAAUUUGACGUGUAAGAAACGCAGCGCAAGACAGAGACAGACACAGUGUGAGUGCGACACAGAGUGAGAGAACGAGCGAGCGAGAGCGAGAACGCUAGUGUUUGUGCCGAGGCCGAGUUUCAAAAACUCUGCCGCCAAGCAAAAGCGAAACACAUUUUCGUUGAUUACGAUUGUUUUUUUUCAAGUGUGCGACAAGAAAUUUGUUUUGUAUUUUUUUGUGUUGUGCCCGGUGACUGUGUGAACAACAACAACAACUGUGAUGGGAGAUCGGCCAAAACCAACAACAACAACAACAACAACAACUGCAACAACUCCAGCUGCAGCUGCAGUCGCCGUCGGAGCAAGCGAAGUUGCCGCAAUGGCAGCCAACGCAGCGGACCAAACCGCCGCUCUAAACGGCAAUGGGAAUGACUUGCCACUUGCCACGCCCUCAGUGGCCCAGGGUGAAGGCGCAGCUGGUGCUGCAGCUGCUGCAGAGGCUGAAGCUGCCGGAGAUGCUGGCGGCGGUGUCCUGCAAGCGGCAGCUGCUGGCGAUGCUGGCGACGAUGCGGCAACUGAUGCUGGUGCCAGCUCGUUGCCACCGUCGGAGAUCGGCGGACGUCCACCGCUGGAUACCGCUUGCUCGGAUGGCGGUGGCGCCUCUAGUUUGGCUGGGGGCAUGGUUGGACCGCCCAGUCCGCUAACUGGCUGCUAUUUGCUCAUUGUGAUGGGCGAGCCGCACUCGGAGGAGCACAAGGACAACAUCUUGCAGCAUCUGCUCAAGGGUUUCCUCUCCUGGGACGUAUCCGAUUGUCAUGUCGACUUGGAAGAGGAGCUCAAUACAAUUACACAACAUGCACCCGAGGGCGAGGAGGCGCGUCAUGGCGAGCGACUCAUACAAUAUGCCAGUGAGAAUCUUGUGACGGAGGUGUUAAUACAUCCGCAAUACAAUACACUCAUACAAUGUAUGCGCAAUUUACUCAGCAGUUUUACGAGGCAUCGCCACAUUAUACACGCUGGCUACACCUUUACCGGCAACGGUUCUUGGAUACUACAGGAUGGCACCUUUUCGGUGGCUGACUUUGCGGAGGCAUUUCAAGAGCACGACGUACAAAGGGUGAUACGCGCCUAUGCGGAUACCAUUACAAUGAACAUACACUGCGCCGAUGCGGGCCUAUGGCAUACCCUGCCGGAUAAGGUAUUUGCACGUCAGUGCAAGAUACGCAUUAAUCCGGUAGAUGUGCUGGAUACCAGCAGCGAGUGCAUCAAUGCUUUUAUAGAUUACUUGGCGCCCAUGGUGGUGCCGACGUCACUGCGUGAACUGCUGGAGACAUCCGAUGUGGUUGGCAAUAUACGAUUCACGCAUCCCACGCUCUACGUCUUUCCCGGCGGCCAAGGCGAUGCGGCUCUCUUUGGCAUCAAUGGCUUUAAUAUGCUUGUUGAUGGCGGCUUCAAUCGUAAAGCUUGUUUCUGGGACUUUGCAAGGCACCUGGAUCGUCUGGAUGCGGUGCUGAUGACACGCCUCAAUAACAGCAAUGUCCAGGGCUUGGGCGCUGUCGUGUCACGCAAGCGAGACUCGCAUGUCUAUCCACAGAUCGGGCAUUUCUUUGGCAAUGUGCCUGACCGCAAGGGUGGACUUCCCAGUCCCGACGGUGAUAAGGAUCGCAAUCCACUGCUGAUUGAUCUCUUUGAGCGUGGUCAUGGUCUGGUCAAUGAUCUCAAGUCGCUGGACUUGAAGCCACAGUCCUGCUAUCGCAAUCAGGAGCCAAUUAAUCUGUAUCACAAGGUGGGACAUGGUACACUGGACAUGUAUGUGAUAAGUCCGUCACGUGACUCCAAAGAGGUGAAGGAAUUUAUGCAGAAAUGGAAUUCAGGUGAUCAGCGACUGUUCGCCGCUCGCGAUACCAAGGAAUUCAAUUUCCCCCUGCAGAAUUUGGUAUCCAUCUGUGCGCUGCUUGUGUGGCAGCCGGCCAACCCAGACGAUACCAUUACGCGCAUCCUAUUUCCGGGCAGCACACCCGACUUCAAGAUCCAGGAAGGUCUGGAGAAGCUCAAGCAUCUCGAGUUCAUGAAACACUCGACCUGCACAGCCAAGUCCAUAGCACCAGCCAUACAAACCGUGACCAGCACCCGCAAGACUCUCAAGUCGGCCAUUGAAGCGACUCCGCCCAGUGCCAGUUACAAGUCCAGCAAAUUCGGUCCAGUUGCUCCAGCCGCUGUGGCUGUGCAGCAGGAUAACAAGGCCAAGGAGGCAAAGGAAGCAGCAGCCGCAGCAGCUGCCGCAGCGGCUGCAGCAGCAGCAGCCACUGCAGCGGCAGCUUCAACUGAGCUCACUAGCGAACAAGUGGAGGCAAUCACACCUCUUGUGCAUGCUAAAGCAGACUCAAUUGAUACGGAUGAGCCAGAGGCUGAGCAGGAGCCAGCUGUCGAUACUGGUGAUGAGUUGGCACCAGAACCCAGCGCACCCUCAGCUGAGCCCGUCGAGCAGGAAGACAAUAAAGAGGCUGACGAAGAUAAGGUUGAGGUCUUGAUUGUUAAGCCCCAGGCGACCGGUGUGCCAACUAAGGAUGCGGUCGAUGCUCCCGCUGCAGAAGUGGGCAGCAAGACCGCCAAAGCUGCUAAGGGUAAGCCAGACAAGCCACGCGCCGAGGUUAAGCCUGUUGUGCGCUCAAGGAUUGAUACCAAACCACCCAAGUCCAUGGAUCGCAAGCUGGUGAAGCGUGACGAGAAGAAGAGCUCGCCAACAGCAACGCCCGCCGCAAGUCGAACACCAGCGACUCGUGACGUUAAGUCCAAGGUGAUGACGCGCACCACAAAGUCUAGCCCUAGCAGCACGCCAGCCAAGAGCGCCAAGGAGGCUAACAAUCGCAAGGUGCUUGAGUCCAAGCAACAACAAGCGACAGCAACUCGCCAAAGCACCAGCAGCACUCGCCGCACCGUUAGUACACUGGAAAAGAAAACCCAGCAGCAAACGGAGUCCAAGACAGCAGCGCAAUCUUCUGCACAAGCAGCCCAACGCAAACCGAUCUCGAGGCGUCCACGUGGUGUAUCGCCAUCCAAGCGAGCCCCGGCGCCUGGUAGCCCCAUUAAGUCGGCGAAGCCAAAGCCUGAUUUGAAGAAAUCGCGACUGGACAAGGGCGGCACCACAGACUCUAGCUUGGUGUCCACACCGUCAGCGGAUGAUGCGACAGCUGCCAAGAAGAUGCUGGAGCUGAGUGCCUCACAGGAACUCGAUGCGGAGAAGCAGCGUGAACUCGACGAUCUGAAGGAGGAGCAAGAGGUGGUGCGUGAAAUCGAGGCGGUGUUUAGCCGGGACGAGAUGAAGCGACACCAUUUGAUUAAGGCUGAGUUGCGUGAGAUGGCCAAGCAGGACAGCACUACCGAGGCCGAAGAAGAGGAGGAGUAUUUGAUCAUUGAGAAAGAGGAGGUGGAGCAGUACACAGAAGAUUCAAUCAUCGAACAUGAGCAGGAAAGUAGCAUUACCAAAGAGGAAGAGAUUCAAAAGCAUCAACGCGAUUCACAGGAAUCGGAAAAGAAACGCAAGAAGAGUGCCGAAGAGGAAAUUGAAGCAGCUAUUGCCAAGGCUGAAGCGGAGGAGCGAAAGGCGCGUCUCGAAGUUGGCGAUGCAGGCAGACAUGAAUUGCAUGAGCAAACCGAGAUUAAAGCCGAGGUGCAAGAGAUCAUUGCCACUGCCAAGGACAUUGUCAAGUCCCGCACUGACGAGCAGCAACAGGCCAAGACCGUUGAAGAGGAAUUCUCAUCACCAACGCCUGAGGAGAAGCUCAGUAGUGCUAAGAAAACAUCAGACACCAAAGAUGAGCCUAUUGAAGCUCCUGAAGCGCUACCCAUAAACCUGCAGGAAAGUCUUCCAGAGGAAAAAUUCUCAGCCACCAUCGAAUCUGGAGCCACUACGGCGCCCACACUACCGGAAGAUGAGCGCAUUCCGCUUGACAAGAUUAAGGAGGAUUUGGUUAUCGAAGAGAAAUACGUUAAAGAAGAAACCAAAGAAAUUGAGGCUAUGAUUAUUGCUACCGUUUCCGUUCCCGUGGCAACGGUGCCAGCUGCAUCCCUCAUUGCUCCCACUGAAACGAAAAUUGAAAUAAGUGCCGAGCCGCUGGCUGCUGGUACGGAUUUAGCUGAACGUAUUCUACCUAAGAAAAUGACAUUCGAAGCUCAACAAAAUCUAAUGCGAGAUGUGAUCAAAACUCCAGAUGAAGUCGCUGACUUGCCCGUUCAUGAAGAGGCUGACUUGGGGGUGUACGAGAAAGAUUCACAUGAUGCUGGUGCUAAGAGUAUUUCUCACAAGGAGGAGACAGCCAAAGAGGAAAAAGAGACCGAGGAUGAAAAAGAGAUUAAAGAAACUGAGGCACCAGAAGAUGCGGAAGAUAAGUCUGAGCCCGAUCAGGAAAUGCCAGAAAAGAUCACUGCCACGCUGGAAACCGCUGCAACCCGAGAUACUACUGAAAAGAAAUCCGAGGAAGCCAUCGUCGAAGUCGCGCUGCCUGUUACUGUAGCAGAGAAAGCCAUUUCCGAAUCUGAUAAGAAAGAGCAAGCAGCUGCAUCUGAGAAGAAAUCGGACAGUACACCAGAGGAGAAAGAAGCUAGCGAUAUUACUUCAGAAGACGAGUUGCCAGUCCAUUUGGUUCAACCCACUGCUGCCCCCACAAAAGUGAAAGACCAUGAAGAUACCGUAUCUCUCGAAAGCCCUGCGACGAUUGAGGAAGCUAUUGAAAUAGAAAUGCAGGUAGCUAAACAAGAAUCGCAGAAACUAUACACUCAAAUUGACAAACAAUUAGAAUGCAAACUUGAGUCCGAAAUUACCAAAGUCGAAUCUGCCCCAGUCAAAACUCAAGUAUCACCAGCAGGAUCGAAAGAUGUUUCUCGUCCGGAAUCCGUAGGAGAAACUGAGAAACCAGAAGUUUCAUCACGGCGAGUUUCAAUCGCAAGUACGAAAGAAGAAAAUUUGAAAUCUUCACCAGCUUCAAAGGAGGCAUCGCGUCCAGGAUCUGUAGCUGAAAGCGAGAAAGAUGCUGAAAUUAAAGGAACAAGCACAGCGACAUCACGGCGUCAAUCAGCUGCAGAAAGCGUAAAACCGGAAAGUGCAAAAGAUGGUCAAUCUCAAGAACCAUCCAAAGAUGUAUCAAGACGCGUAUCAGAAGCAGAAAUAGUGAAAGUUGAACAUGAGAAAGCUGAAGAAGCGCAGAAAGAUAAGUCAAAGGAACCGUCCCGACGAGAAUCUGUAGCUGAGAGUAUCAAGGCCGAGAGUGUUAAAGAUGACAAGUCUAUACCAGCUUCUAAAGAAGCAUCUCGACCAGCAUCCGUUGCAGAAAGCGAUAUAGUGGAAACAGAGAAGCCAGCGAGUGUAAAGGAGGGAAUGUCAAAGGAGCCUUCAAGACGCGAGUCUGUUGCCGAAAGUAUAAAGCCUGAUAGUGCCAAGGAUGAUAAAUCUACGCCUGCUUCGAAAGAAACCUCCAGACCACAAUCUGUUGCAGAAAGCCUUAAAGCCGAAUCUGAAAAGCCAGAAAGUGUAAAAGAUGUUUUGUCAAAGGAGUCCUCUAGACGGGAAUCGCUUGUAGAAAUUAUAAAAGCAGAAAGUGUCACGGAAGACAAGUCAAUUCCAGCCUCUAAGGAAGUGUCGCGCCCUGGAUCUGUAGCAGAUAGCUUAAAAGCAGAAUACGAAAAGACAGAAAACGUAAAAGACGAUUUGUCCGAGGAACCUUCAAGACGCGAAUCUUUGGCUGAAAUUGCAAUGCCUGAAAGUGUUAAAGAUGAAAAGUCUUUACCUGUGUCUAAAGAAGUAUCACGGCCAGAAUCAGUUGCUGAAAGUGUUAAACCAGAAAGUUUAAAAGAUGAUAAGUCCUUACCUGUUUCAAAAGAAGCCUCACGUCCUGGAUCAGUUGUUGGAAGCGUGAAAGACGAUGCAGAAAAAUCAGAAAGUGUUGAUGCUGCAUCAAAAGAGCCAUCUAGACCUCACUCUGUUGCUGAAGGUGUUAAGCCUGAAAGUAGCAAAGACGAUCAGUCGCAACCUGCUUCAAAGGAAGUAUCAAGGCCAGAAUCUGUCGCAGAGAGUGGCAAAGCGGAAUCUGAAAAACCCGAGAGUGUUAAGGACGAAGAGUCUAAAGAGCCUUCUCGACGAGAAUCUGUUGCAGAGAGCAUUAAACCAGAAAGUGUCCAAGACGAAAAGAGUAUUCCUGCCUCCAAAGAAGUAUCACGACCCGAAUCUGUAGCAGACAGUGUGAAAGCUGAGUCCGAGAAGCCAGAAAGUCAGACGGACGAUAAGUCAAAGGAACCUUCUCGUCGAGAAUCUAUAGCUGAAAGUGUUAAACUUGAAAACCUACGAGAUGAUAAAUCUCUAUCCGCUUCAAAAGAACCUUCGCGACCUGGAUCAGUUGUCGGAAGCGUGAAAGACGAUGUAGAAAAACCAGAGAGUCUGGAUGCUGAAUCCAAAGAGCCAUCCAGACCUCACUCGGUUACUGAAAGUCUUAAGCCUGAAAGUAGUAAAGACGAUAAGUCUCAACCUGCUUCGAAAGAAGUGUCAAGGCCAGAAUCUGUAGCAGAGAGCGGCAAAGCGGAAUCUGAAAAACCCGAGAGUGUUAAAGACGAAGAGUCUAAAGAGCCUUCUCGACGAGAAUCUGUUGCAGAGAGUAUUAAACCAGAAAGUGUCCAAGACGAAAAGAGUAUUCCUGCCUCCAAGGAAGUAUCACGUCCCGAAUCUGUAGCGGAAAGCGUAAGAGCUGAGUCUGAGAAGCGAGAAAGCCUGAAGGACGAUAAGUCAAAGGAGCCUUCUCGGCGAGAGUCUAUUGCUGAAAGUGUUAAACCUGAAAGUAUCCAAGACGAUAAGAGUAUUCCUGCUUCGAAGGAGGUAUCACGACCUGCAUCUGUAGCAGAGAGCGUAAAAGCCGAUUCUGAUAAGCCAGAAAGUGUGAAGGAACAAUUUUCUACGGAACCUUCCAGGCGAGAAUCACUUGUGGAAAGCACAAAACCUGAUAGUGUUAAAGAUGAUAAGUCUCUCCCGGUAUCAAAAGAACAUUCCCGACCUGGAUCUGUUGCUGAAAGUGUAAAAGAUGACGCUGAAAAACCAGAAGGCGAAACGGAUGCUCAGUCCAAGGAGCCUUCUCGACCUGAAUCUGUCGCUGACAGCGUCAAAGAUGAUAAGUUGCCUGCUUCGAAAGAAAUGUCAAGACCAGAAUCUGUAGCAGAGAGCGGCAAAGCGGAAUCUGAAAAACCCGAAAGUGUUAAGGACGAAGCGUCUAAAGAGCCUUCUCGCAGAGAAUCUGUUGCAGAUAGUAUUAAACCAGAAAGUGUCCAAGACGAGAAAAGUAUUCCUGCCUCCAAGGAAGCAUCCCGACCUGAAUCUGUAGCAGAGAGCGUUAAGGCUGAAUUUGAGAAGCCAGAAAGUCUGAAAGACGAUAAGUCAAAGGAGUCUUCUCGGCGAGAAUCUGUGGCUGAAAGUGUUAAACCAGAAAGUCUAAAGGACGAUAAGUCAAAGGAGUCUUCUCGGCGAGAAUCUGUAGCUGAAAGCGUUAAACCAGAGAGUCUAAAGGAUGAUAAAUCUCUACCCGCUUCAAAGGAACCCUCACGACCUGGCUCAGUUGCCGAAAGUGGAAAAGAUGAUGCUGAGCAGCCUGAGAUUAUAAAAGACACCCAAUCUAAAGAAUCUUCUCAACCAGUAUCUGUUGCUGAAAGUGUUAAAGACGAUAAGUCUCAACCUGCUUCGAAAGAAGUGUCAAGGCCAGAAUCUGUAGCAGAGAGCGGAAAAGCGGAAUCUGACAAACCAGAGAGUGUCAAGGACGAAACGUCUAAAGAGCCUUCUCGACGAGAAUCUAUUGCAGAGAGCAUUAAACCAGAAAGUGUCCAAGACGAGAAGAGUAUUCCUGCCUCUAAGGAAGUAUCACGUCCCGAAUCUGCAGCAGAAAGCGUAAAAGCCGAAUCUGAGAGGCCAGAAAGUCUGAAGGACGAUAAAUCAAGGGAGCCUUCUCGUCGAGAAUCUGUGGCUGAAAGUGUUAAGCCAGAAAGUCUGAAGGACGAUAAGUCAAAGGAGCCAUCUCGACGAGAAUCUGUGGCUGAAAGCGUUAAAGCAGAUAGUUUAAAGGAUGAUAAAUCUCUACCCGCUUCAAAGGAACCCUCACGACCUGGCUCAGUUGCCGAAAGUGGAAAAGAUGAUGCUGAGCAGCCUGAGAUUAUAAAAGACACCCAAUCUAAAGAAUCUUCUCAACCAGUAUCUGUUGCUGAAAGUGUUAAAGACGAUAAGUCUCAACCUGCUUCGAAAGAAGUGUCAAGGCCAGAAUCUGUAGCAGAGAGCGGAAAAGCGGAAUCUGACAAACCCGAGAGUGUCAAGGACGAAGCGUCUAAAGAGCCUUCUCGACGAGAAUCUAUUGCAGAGAGCAUUAAACCAGAAAGUGUCCAAGACGAGAAAAGUAUUCCAGCCUCCAAGGAAGCAUCCCGACCUGAAUCUGUAGCGGAGAGCGUUAAAGCUGAGGUUGAGAAGCCAGAAAGUCUGAAAGACGAUAAGUCAAAGGAGACUUCUAGGCGUGAAUCUCUUGUUGAAAGCACAAAGCCCGAAAGUGUUAAGGAUGACAAAUCUCUGCCAGUUUCGAAGGAGGUAUCACGACCUGCAUCUGUUGCUGAAAGUAUCAAAGCAGAAUUUGAAAAGCCAGCAAGUGAUAAUGACGAUUUAUCAAAAGAGCCAUCACGUCGGGAGUCUAUUGCUGAAAGUGUAAAGUUGGAGAGUGUUAAGGACGAUAAGUCCGUACCAGCCUCUAGGGAAGUAUCUCGUCCUGAAUCUGUGGCAGAAAGCGUAAGGGCAGAAUCUGAAAAGUCCGAUAUUGUAAAAGCCGAUAUGUCUAAGGAUGUAUCAAAGGACCCUUCCAGACGAGAAUCUAUUGUUGAAAGUAUUAAAGCUGAGAGUGUCAAGGAUGACAAAUCUGCUCCUGCCUCAAAAGAUGUAUCACGACCUGGAUAUGUAGCAGAAAGCAUUAAAGCUGAAUCUGUACAACUUGAAACGUCGAAACAGCCAUCGCGACGUGAGUCUGUAACUGAGAGUGAACACCCAAGUCUCAAGGACGAUAAAUCUUCACUAACUUCCAAGGAAGCGUCACGACCUCCAUCUGUUGCCGGCAGUGCUAAGGAUGACACUGAGAAAGCGGAUAGUGUCAAAGAUGAGAAAUCGCCCAUAGGAUCUAAGGAGACGUCACGACCAGAAUCUGUCACAGAUAGUUUAAAGGAUGAUACCGUACGAUCUGAAAUCGAAAGAGAAGUUGCCGUAAAAGUAGAAAGUUUACAAGAGAUUUCCAAGGAGGCUUCUCGUCGCGAAUCUUUGGUGGAAAGUUUAAAAGAUCAAAAGCUUUCAUCUAAAGAUACUUCCCGGCCUGCAUCUGUUGCAGAUGACACUAAGUAUGAGCUUAUAACAGAAGAUAUUCUGAAGGCUGAGGUGGUCGCCGAAACUGCUUCUUCUCCAAUAGACAAAGCACCAACCUCUUUUGCAGAAUUGGAUUUAAAGUUGCAUAUCGAUGAGAAGAAAGGAGAUUAUGCUACUGUAUCAAGUCCUGUUGAUGUUGCUGGCGGUGACUUUUCAGAAAUCGUUUCAACUGCUUUGACAGAGACCGAAUUCCAAAUUAAGCCGGCAGAAUUUACUAAAGUCAGCGCGAUGCAAACUGCAUCAAGUCCGGUUGAUGAGGCAGUGAAGUCAUUAGUUGAUGUUGAAGAUAAAUCCAAGGAUGCCAGCCGACCUGAAUCCAUUGUUGAUGCGGCAGAACAUUCAGAGGCAGAAUCGCAGAAAAAGUCAAGAGAUCCUUCACGACGGGAAUCACUGAUUGAGUCGGCAAUUCCAACACACGAAAGUCUAAUCGAUGUUAAGUCUCCAAUGGCAUCAAAGGAAGUCUCCCGGCCAACAUCUAAAGCCGAAAGCGUUAAGGAUGAACCGGAAAAGCAUGAAUGUGUGAAAGACGAAGUGUCUAAAGAUCCCUCAAGACGUGAAUCUGUUACUGAAAGUGUUAAAGCUGAAAGCGACAAGGAUGACAAAUCUGUUCCUGCUUCAAAAGACGUAUCACGACCCGAAUCUGUAGCCGAAAGCAUUAAAGCUGAUUCUCAGAUACCAGAUAGUCUAAAAGAUGGCACAUCAAAGGAUACAUCACGACGAGAGUCUGUCGCUGAAAGUGUAAGGCCGGAAAGCCACAAGGAAGAGAAGUCUACACCAGCUUCCAAAGAAGUUUCACGCCCUGUGUCUGUGGCUGAGAGUCUUAAAGAGAGUGGAAAGGAUGAGAAAUCUCCAUCUGCAUCCAAAGAAGUGUCGAGGCCAGAGUCUGUAGCAGAAACAGCAUCUUCGCCCAUUGACGAAGCACCAAAAGAUUUUGAAUUAUUGGAGCAUAUCAAUAAGGAAACGUUUGUUUUGAAUUUCGAAACAAAAGGUAGUUUCCCUACAUUAUCCAGUCCUAUUGAAGUGGCUGACGGCGACUUCAUCAAAUCAAUUUCAAGCUCCACGACCGAAAUACAAGUCCCUACAAAGCCAGCAGAGCGCUCAGAGGUUGGAGCUUCUCAGACAGCAUCCAGUCCAGUGGAUGAAGCUCCAAGUAGUCCUUUUGAAACUCAGGACUCUUCAAAACCUGAAUCCGUCGCAGAUUUCACGGAAGAUGCCACGGAGCAAAGAGCAAAGUCUCCCCUAAAAACUAUGGAAAUAUCGAGACCGGAAUCUGUUGCCGAGAGUGUCAAGGAUGAAAAUACAGAUGUACUAAGACCAGUAUCAGCAGCAAAGAGCGUCAAAGAUGAAACCGUGAAGACCGAAAGUACAAAGGAUAUGUCCCCUGCCGAAAGUAAAAAGUCUGAGAGUGUUCAGGAGGAUAAAUCUUUACCUGCGUUUAAAGAAGUGUCCCCACCAGAAUCAGUUGGGGAAAGUGUUAAAGAGGAACACGAAAAGAUUGAGAGUGUGGUGGAUAAUAAGUCAAUAGAAACUCCUCGUCGCACAUCUGUAACUGAAUGUACCAAGCCAGAAAGCCUAACCACUUCGAGAGAAACUUCACGACCAGGAUCUGUUGCGGCCAGCGUGAAAGAUGAUGUUGAAAAGCCUGAAAGCCUAAAGGAUGCACAGUCCAAGGAACCUUCUCGACCUGAAUCUGUUGCUGAAAGUGUUAAAGACGAUAUACCGCAAGCUGCUUCAAAAGAAGUAUCAAGGCCUGAAUCUGUAACAGAGAGCGGCAAGGCGGAAUCUGACAAACCCGAGAGUGUUAAGGACGAAGCUUCUAAAGAGCCUUCUCGACGAGAAUCUGUUGCAGAGAGUAUUAAACCAGAAAGUGUCCAGGACGAGAAAAGUAUUCCUGCCUCCAAGGAAGUAUCCCGACCCGAAUCUGUAGCAGAGAGCAUAAAAGCUGAGUCUGAGAAGCCAGAAAGUCUGAAGGACGAUCAGUCACAGGAUCCUUCUCGGCGAGAAUCUGUGGCUGAAAGUGUUAAAGAAAGUGUCCAGGACGAUAAAAGUAUUCCUGCCUCCAAGGAAGUAUCCCGACCCGAAUCUGUAGCAGAGAGCGUUAAAGCUGAGUCUGAGAAGCCAGAAAGUCUGAAAGACGAUAAGUCAAAGGAACCUUCUCGGCGAGAGUCUGUUGCUGAAAGUAUUAAACUCGAAAGCCUAAAGGACGAUAAAUCUCAACCACCUUCACAAGAACUUUCGCGACCUGGGUCUGUUGCCGAAAGUGUGAAAAGGGAUGCGGAAAAACCAGAAAGUUUAAAGGAUGAGAAGUCCAAGGACCCUUCUCGUCCUGAAUCUGUCGCUGGAAGCAUAAAGCCUGAGAGCGUCAAAGAUGAUAAGUCGCAACCUGCUUCGAAAGAAGUGUCAAGGCCAGAAUCUGUAGCAGAGAGCGCCAAAGCGGAAUCUGAAAAACCCGAGAGUGUUAAGGACGAAGAGUCUAAAGAGCCUUCUCGACGAGAAUCUGUUGCAGAGAGUAUUAAACCAGAAAAUAUCCAAGACGAAAAGAGUAUUCCUGCCUCCAAAGAAGUAUCACGUCCCGAAUCUGUAGCGGAAAGCGUAAGAGCUGAGUCUGAGAAGCCAGAAAGCCUGAAGGACGAUAAGUCAAAGGAGCCUUCUCGGCGAGAGUCUAUUGCUGAAAGUGUUAAACCUGAAAGCCUAAAGGAUGAAAAAUCUCAACCGGCUUCACAAGAACCUUCGCGACCUGGAUCGGUUGCCGACAGCGUGAAAGUUGAUGUUGGAAAACCGGAAAGUCUAAAAGAUGACAAGUCCAAGGAACCUUCUCGUGCUGAAUCUGUCGCUGAAAGCAUAAAGCUUGAAAGUGUUCAGGAUGAAAAAUCGCAACUUGCUUCGAAAGAAGUGUCAAGGCCGGAAUCUGUGGCAGAAAGUAUUAAAGCUGAGUCUGAGAAGCCAGAGAGCCUGAAGGACGAUAAGUCAAAAGAGCCAUCUCGGCGAGAAUCUGUGGCCGAAAGUGUUAAGCCUGAAAGUUUAAAAGAUGAUAAGUCUCCACUAGCUUCAAAAGAACCUUCACGACCUGCAUCAGUUGCCGAAAGCGUGAAAGAUGAUAUUGCAAAAUCAGAAAGUCUAAUGGAUGAUAGGUCCAAGGAACCUUCUCGUCCUGAAUCUGUCGCUGAAAGCAUAAAGCCUGAGAGCGUCAAAGAUGAUAAGUCGCAACCAGCUUCCAAAGAAGUGUCAAGACCAGCAUCUGUAGCAGAGAGCGGCAAAGCGGAAUCUGAAAAACCCGAGAGUGUUAAGGACGAAGCGUCUAAAGAGCCUUCUCGACGAGAAUCUAUUGCAGAGAGUAUUAAACCAGAAAGUGUCCAAGACGAGAAAAGUAUUCCUCCCUCCAAGGAAGUAUCACGUCCCGAAUCUGUAGCGGAAAGCGUAAAAGCUGAAUCCGAGAAGCCCGACAGUCUGAAGGACGAUAAGUCAAAGACACCUUCUAGGCGAGAAUCUCUUGUAGAAAGCGCAAGAACCGAAAGUGUUAAGGAUGAAAAGUCUCUGCCAGUUUCGAAGGAGGUAUCACGACCUGCAUCUGUUGCUGAAAAUAUUAAAGCAGAAUUUGAAAAGCCAGAAAGUGAAAAGGACGAUUUAUCAAAGGAGCCAUCACGUCGGGACUCUAUUGUCGAAAGCAUUAAGUUGGAGAGUGUUAAGGAUGAUAAGUCCAUACCUGCUUCCAAAGAAGUUUCACGACCUGAAUCUGUGGCAGAGCAGCCAUCUAAACCUGAAUCUGCCGCUGAAAGUGGCCAUCCAUCGAAGGAAGUAUCAAGACCUGAAUCUGUAGCAGAAAGCGUUAAAGCUGAAUCAGAGACGGAUGGCAAACCUCAAGAACAAUCGCGGCGCGUAUCGCUUGCAGAGAGUACCAAGGAAGAUAAAUCUCUUCCAGUAUCCAGGGAGACUUCACGUCCGGGAUCCGUUGCAGAAAGCACAAAAGAUGGAUUUGAAAUGCCUGAAAAGGAUGAUAAAUUGAAGGAGCUUUCCAGACCUGGAUCUGUCGCUGAAAGUAUUAAGAGUGAUAAGUCUGCAACAGCCUCGAAGGAAAUUUCCCGACCAGCAUCUGUAGCUGAAAGUGUAAAAGACAGAACCGAAAAUGUGGAAAUCGUUAAAUCGAUUGAGUCUUCUCGCUGUGAAUCUGUUUCAGGAAGUAUAAAGGUUGAAAGCGCAGUUGUUUCAAAGGAAGCAUCCCGUCGUGAAUCUGUCGAUGAUAUAGAAGCGGAAAGUGUAAAACAUGAGAAAUCUUCUGUUGAGAAGCCCAAAGAGUCAGCAGAUGAGAAGACAAAAGAACUUUCUCGCCCGGCCUCAGUUGCAGAAAGUGUUAAGUCUGAAGAAUUGAAAGAAACAUCCCGUCCAGGAUCUGUAGCUGAAAGUUUUAAGUCAAAAGAACUUUCCCGUCCUAUUUCCGUUGCUGAGACUGUAUCCUCCCCCAUUGACGAAGCACCGAAAGAACUGCCAGACAAGAAAGAAAGCUUGAUCUUAGAUCUAACAUCAAAAGGCGACUUUCCCACUCUAUCCAGUCCUGUCGACGUAGCUGAUGGUGAAUUCGCCCAUACAAAGUCGGGAGCAAUAGAACUGGAAAAGCCCGCUGAGCACAGUAAAGUAGGUGCCACUGCUACAGCCUCCAGCCCUGUGGAUGAGGCCGCUCCCAUUCUGGAAUCUAGUGCCAUUAUUGAGGAACAUAUCAUUCCAGAGACAAGCUCAAAAGUCAGUGCUGGCCAGGGUGACUUAAGUACAACUAUUGUGGAAAAUAUUUCAUCAAAAUCUGACGCAAUCGCUUCAUUGUGUGAAGACAAUUUGCAAACCAUAAGCGAAUCAUUGGAUAAAAAAACAGAAACUAUACUUGAAACAUUGACACAGAAAUUGGAAAGCACCAAAGAUAUGGUAGUCGAAUCCUUGCAGCACAUCAGUCAAGAAAGCUCAAAACAACUGACAGAGCUCGAGUCUGUUAAGGAUGAGAAGCUGACAGAAAUAUCAAAAACAAUAACAUCUGUUACUGAAACUGUUGAAACUAAAUUGGAAGAGAAACCAUUGGAUGUUAUUGAGAAGAUGGUGUCAACAUCCGAAGUACUGUCUGAGAAAUUAUCGCAAGCUGAUUCGAUCACAGAGAUAUCUGAAGACGCGACAACUAAGGCUAAUCUCGAUUUGAGUGGUUUUUCAGAGCUGCGUGAAACACACAUUACCACCGUUGACUCACCAGAAUUUACAGUUACAAUUUGUGAUCGUGACGAGAGUGUUUUGCAUGACAUUAAAGAAGAAGAUGAGGAGCAUAGAUUCUCGCCACCUACCGAAAAGGGAGCCAUUGUACCAGAACAACCACUGCGACCCCUCUCACCCCGGGAGGAGGAAGUUGCCAAGAUUGUUGCCGAUGUAGCCAAGGUACUGAAGUCCGAUAAGGAUAUAACCGAUAUAAUACCCGACUUUGAUGAAAAAGAGCUGGAGGAAAAACUAAAGACAACUGUUGUAACUGAAACUUCAACCACUGAUAUCAAACAGAAUAUUGGUGUUGUGCAUACACCAGCAGGUACCCCUGAGUCGCUUUCUGAUAAAGUAUCACCCACAAAAGAUCUGGCAUUAGAUGAAAAAUUAUUGGAAAUAAAGAUGAUGAAAGUGGACAUUGAAUCGGAAAAGUCUUCGCCAGACCAAAAAUCUGGACCCGUAUCCAUCGAGGAGAAGGAUAAAAUUGAGCAAUCGGAAAAAUCGCAGCUGCGCGAAGGAGCUGCCAAAGCUGCAGUUGAAGAAACUAGCAAAGAUACUUCUCGCCCAGCAUCAGCUGCAAGCGCCGCGGGUGAUGAGUCUCAUCAAGAACAAUCCAGACAGAGCUCCAAAGAGCCAUCACGUCCAGUGUCUGUGGCCAGCGUGCAAGACGAUAUACAGCUUAAGGAUGAGAAGUCCGUAACAUCAGUAAAAGACACUUCCAGGCCCGAUUCGAUAGCCAGCCAUGUUAGCGAGAAAGAGACCGAAUCGAGGCGAGAGUCCGUGCUAUCAACAGCUGAAUCCAAGGCUGAAAAAUCGCCAACACCCCCGAAAGACGUCUCCAGACACGAAUCGAUUGGCAGCUAUGUAAGCGAGAAGGAAGUCGACAAAGUUGAGGCAGACUCUAGACGAGAAUCUGUACUAUCGACAGCCGAGAGCUUGAAAGUGGAAACCAAGGAGGCUUCCCGACCAGAAUCGGCUGCCAGUCAUGUCAGUGAUAGCAAGUCAGCUGCUAAAGAAACAGAAGCAGAGAUUUCACGACCAGCCUCGAGCGCAAGCCAGAUUAGUGCCAAGGAUGAGGAAACCUCCGACUCGCAACGUGGUUCGAUUCUUAUCUCAUCAACCGAAAGCAAAAAAGAAGUCAAAUCAAGCGAGUCUACAACCAUUUCAAAGUCCAUUACAAGUCAGUCGCACCUCAAAGAGGAAUCCAUUAGCGAGUCAUUGAGCAGCAGCAUGAAAGUUGAGGAUAGCUCGCGUCGCGAAUCCUUGUCCAGCUUAUUGACCGAUAAGGAUACCAGCAAGUCAGCCAGCACAAGUGAAUGUGUCACAAAGAUUGUGGAAAAGUCGUCAGCAACACAAUUGGAAGAGCUGCUCAUUCAAUCUGAGGAGUGCUCUUCCGAGUCGAUAGUCAGCGAGAUUCAAACGACAACUUCACAAGCGAAGUCAAGUGGUCAAAGCACAAGCAAGGAAACAACAUCCUCCAGCAGCACCACUCAGGAGACAAUUAAGGAUAGCUCCCUCAAGGAAACGGUAGCCGAGUUUUUGGCAACAGAAAAGAUAAUUUCGGCCAAGGAAACUUUCAGCGCUGAGGCUACAAAGACAGCUGAGGAAUGCCUAAAGAAGGUCAGCUCAAGUGUAACUUCCUCUCAAAAGGCUCUGUUUGUGGGCACCGACGAAUCGCGUCGUGAAUCGCUGCUGAGUCACACCAGCGAGGGCCGACAGACGCACAGUGAUCCCGAGGAAGAGGAGAGUGAUGAUGAUGGCCGUGCCAGCCUUAAGGAGGGUCGCUCCAAGUCGAUUGCCACCAUCAUGAUGACCAGCAUCUACAAGCCCUCAGAGGAGGUCGAAGCCAUUGCCGCCCUCAAGGAGGAGGACGACGACCAAGACGAACCCCAGGAAGUAGAGCAACACGAGCAGACAAAAACAUCCUCAGCCACAACCACUAAGACAACCACACUUCUAGAGUCGAGCGAACAAAGCAGUAGCACCACAACCAAAAUCAGCUCCACAGACACCAAGACAAAGGUCGAGUCCAUUACACUUACACAAACACUGACAGGAAACGAAACAGAAACUGAAACAGAUAGCACAGAUCGCAAGACACCACCAACAGCACCAGUAAGUCCCAGCGUGAAGACGGCAAGCACUGCACCAGCUGGCUCCUCAAGCUGCGCCAAGAGCGAGUCGAGCGCUGCUAGCAUUGCAUCAACAUCUGGCCCGUUGUCGCCCAAAGACAUAAGUGGUAAGUCAAGUCCUGGUGCUUUAACCUCUGAAAGUCAAUCCAUACCAACACCGUUAGGGCGUGAAUCACACACCGAGACGCCAGAGUCAUCGCCUAAGCCCACAUCGCCUUUCCCACGUGUCAGCAAGGACGAGCUUAAAUCUCUAGGCGUUGGUGUCACCGCCGGAUUACCAUCCGAUGUUAGUGAAGUCAGCGGUGAUGCUGCGGAAUUGCUGCCCGAACUGCACGAGUUGCGUGGCAUUGAGAGCACCACAGCGUUGAGCGGCAGCACCGAAAAAAUCAUAACCACAACCAUAACCACAGUGACCAAGGUCAUUUCCGCUGAUGGCAAAGAGAUUGUCACCGAACAAAAGACAGUCACCACUACCGACAGCUCCGAGCCCGACAGCGAGAAGGUUGUUGUGACCACAACACGCACAACCAGCGAAAGUGAGAAAAGCGAACGCGAACGCGAGCAAAUGCUGCCCAAGGAGGUGGCCAUGCUGCGUGGCAUCUACCGCUCAAGCACACCAGGCAGCGACGAGGAGCGACUGGCCGGUGCCAUGAGCGAUGACGAACUGCCCGGUUCACCGCGCAGCUCCAGCUACGAUCUGCAACGCUCCAGCUCUGGGGUGAGCAAGCGAUCGGAUCUGGAUGCCGAUGAUAGCCAAGAUGAUAUGAUACCGCCACAGUACGGCAGCGAGGAGCAUUCCACAGCACGUGCCGUACUGCCAACUCGGGCGACAGAUCCCAUGGCCACUUCGUUCUAUGGCGCACUGCCCGAUAGCUUCGAUCCCAAGCCCAGCACCGAGCCCAUACCCAUACGUGGUGCCAUGCUGGUGACCUACACGGAAUCACCUCCAGCCAGCCAGUCGUCGGAGAGCGUGGAGAGCACCAGCCAGACCUGGGCGGGACAUAAGUUCCUGGAUGAGGCCGAUAAGGAUUUCCAGAAGGCCCUUGAAGAACAUGUGCAGGCGCGUGGCGCCGAAGUGAUGUCUUCCGUGACCGCCAAGUACUCAUACUCGCCAUCAAAGGCCGAAGAGGUGGAACAGAUUGUCAGCAGCACUGCCGAGCGACAGCGUUUCCCCCUUAGCGAUGUGCAAAAGGUGCGCAGCGGCGACAGUCUGUUGGCUAGCUUUGCUGGUCCAACUGGCGGCAGCAGCACCAGCAGCAGCACAUCAACCACAAUUGCUGCCUCAACAGAUCCCAGUGGCACAGUGACAACCGUAACGACAACUACAACCACAACAUCAUCAUCAUCAGCAGAAACUGCAACUGCAGCUGCAGCAUCAACAUCAGCAACAGCGCCAAGCACUGGCGCAUUGCCCAAGGACCGUCUUGAGGAGUGGGGCAAACCACUCGGAUUGCCAUCGCCAGCACCGUUGCCGGUCGAAGGCGCCGAUAUACGCACCACACCGAAGAAGGAGCGUCGCUUGGUGGCCACCAAGACGCGCCUGAACAAUGAGAAGAACCUGCGCAAACGUAGCGAGUCACCCAACAAGGCCAAGAAGCCAGCUCCCGUCUAUGUGGAUCUGACCUAUGUGCCACACAAUGGUAACUCCUACUACGCCCACGUUGACUUCUUCAAGCGCGUCCGUGCCCGCUAUUAUGUCUUCUCCGGUACCGAGCCUAGCCGCCAGGUCUACGAUGCCCUGUUGGAAGCCAAACAAACCUGGGAGGACAAAGAGCUGGAGGUGACCAUCAUUCCCACAUAUGACACUGAUGUGCUGGGCUAUUGGGUCGCCGAGAACGAGGAGCUACUAGCCAAGCAUCGCAUCGACUUGUCGCCAUCCGCUUCGCGUUGCACAAUUAAUUUGCAGGAUCAUGAGACCUCGUGCUCCGCAUAUCGCUUAGAGUUCUAGGCCACGGGAUUGUUUAUUGCAUUCGACGAUGACAACUAAAAGCUAAACACGAAAACAAAGGAACCACAAACAUACACACACACACAUACAGAAUACAAUGAAACACAACACGAAAAACACGAAACACAUUGACAGUGAUUUGAAUGGGCCCUCGUAAACCUUAUAGGGCUAAUAACAGCAACCAACUGACAACAACAACAAUGACGACUUCUAAGUUUUGAGCUUAAUGAUGACAACAACACAACAUGAAAUGAAAAAAUGAAAACAAAGCAACGACAACAACAACAACAACACACAUACAAAUGCUUGACAAACAAAAUGCAAUAUGCAAAAUGCCGUGCGCCACCAAUCGAUUUAAAAACAAUCUCGGAAAUAAAGAACCAAAACAGCGAAAUAUGGCGGAGUAACGGGUCAUACGGAUGACGCCAUUUUGUUAAGCCAAUGCCGUCUAUUUACGCUUUUUGCCCUCUUAUUUCACAACUAAAUGAAAAUGCAGUAAGCAAGGUAAUUAAUCGAUAUUUAUUUGAAACUCAUUAAUUACUGAAAAAUGCAUAAAUCGAAUCGAAACAACAAGAAUGAAAAGAUAAACAAAAAAAAAAAAACAAGAAUUAUAAACUACCAAAGAAGCGCUACGUGCCACAAAAGAUACCAAAAAAAAAACAUAAGAAAUUGCAAUGAAAAAAAAAACUAAAACUGAAUAAAUAAAAUAUGUAUUUCUAUAUGUACUGCUGUAUAGUGCGUAUAUGUAUCUGUUGCUUUCAUUAAACGUCAAGCUACCUUGCAUAGUAAUCCAAAGAUCAAAAUUGUUUUCAAAACCGCAUAGCAAAAAUAUACAAAAAAUAAGAAAACGAUACGAAAAAAUAAAAACAAAAUAUAAGUAUAACAAAUAAAACAUUAAGAAAAUAUUUAUGUGGAAAACCAAAAGCGAAAUGCGAAUUGGAAGUGCGAUGAAGUAUAUUACAAAUAUAUUAUUCAUGUUUAUUGUAUUAGUAAAACUUUUAUGACAAAACUAUUGAAGAAUCUCAAACAAAAUAUAAUAUAUUUGAAUUUUAAAUAAAAUAUAUACACGCAAAAGUAAAUAACUAAAUAUGUAUGUAUUUAUGUAUGUCAGAGCCGAUUGCAGGCUAAAUCAUAUAGUACUUACUACUUACUAGUCUUUAUUUAGCUAUAAAUUAGACACAAACACACACUUAUACACAGAUACACACGCCUAAUCAUAACAUGACACGUGAAAUGUGAAAUGUUUCUUUGUUUGUUACUCAUUUAAUACGUUUUUUUGUUUGCGUUCUGUUUACAAAUAAUAAUGCAAUUAAACUUGAUAAAAUAAAAUGCACAGCAAUUGUUAAAGCAUUGAUAAACUAUUUAAAUACUACAGCUAAAAUGAAUGAAUUUAAUCAUAUGAAAUGUACUUUAAUCAAAAAAAAGUCUAAUGCAAUUCUAAUGAACCAACCAAGUAAAUAAUAAUGCAACCUUAAAUAAAUGUGCCUCCCCAAAAUGCAAACAAGUGAACAAUACGAAAAGUCUUAAAUAUCACAAAUAUAAAUAACAGAAAUCUAAAUAAAUACUAAAUAAAUAUUGACAAACGAAAGUUAAGUUUACAUAUGUUAUGGGUUUAUAAGUUCAACUUCAGUUCCACAUACAUACUAUCUGUUAUUAAAGCUGGCAGCAGAGAUACUAUACAUGUACUCACAAAAUAAUAAUAAUACAAUAAUUGAUAAAAUUCCAAAAUUAAACUACUCUCUAUCUCGUAUAGCUCAUACACGCAAAUUGACAUACACAAAUAUAUAGAGAACACUUUCCAUAUAUAGAACAAAGAAAACAAUACCUAAGUCUGGCGGAUUUCGAAUGAAUAGGAAGCGUCAUUGAGCUAGAGCUGGACAGAUCUUUAGAGACCUGUACUCUCUUUAAUGGUUGCUGGAAGUUAUGAGCAGAAAGAAGGUUGGUGGAGAUGUAUGUAAGUCAGGUGAGGAUAGCUCUGAUGAUGAUUGCUGUUGUUGGUGAUAAAGUUGAUAAUGAAGCGACGAUGUUAAUGCUGAUAUUACUAUAUAAGGUUUACGAGGGUCUGAUUGGGUUAGCAUGGGAUUGGGGUAGGGUGUCAUUGAACCAGAUAUUGUGAAACAAAAACUAAAUAAAGAACACAAAGUGAAUGAAGGUUAUUUUUCUAUAUUUUUUUUACUUUUUCAUAGUCAUAGAAUAACAAAUUUUCAAAACCAAAAAAAAAAAUGAAAAAAAACAAAAACAAAAAGAAACCAAACUAUAAAAUAAAAAGAAAAUUUAAAUGACAACACAACACAAAUAAUAAAGGAACAGGCACACGCAAUUAUUAAAAAAAAAAAAUAAGAAAAACAAAAACAAUAAUUAUUCAUAAAAAUAUACUCAGCAGAAGAAAA